ACUCAUCUUUUCUUCUGGAGAAGAAAUGUUUUAUUUCAAGGCUAACCAGGACACCAGAGCCUGUUCCAGAUUCAGUCAAAGUCAUACAAUUGCUAACAAAUAACAGUGGUCACCCAGUAAGAGUUGGUUCUGGAUGGGGAAUCAACAGCAAGGAUCUUAACACGAUGAUGGUCGUCAGGUACACUAAACUUGGAGUGUUUUUGGAUUACGACUGUAAUUUUAACAAGAAUGUACUGUUUGAGAGCUCAGAGUGGAGGAUGCUGAAUGAAAGUUACAUAUGGCUUAUUGUGAGUUUGCAAAAAGAUGUUUUAAAAGAAAUGACUUUUCUCAAUCUGGGUUUGACAAGUGAUGUUUCACUAGCACUGCCUGGCUUUAUUCUCUAUGAUUUAUAUAAGGUUAACUACUCAAGUCCUCUAGUGACAGAUAUAGCAGCUGAGUGGAAUUUAUCAACUGGUUUUAAAAUAAAACUCAAUAAUACCAAAGUAAAACUCCGUUCCGAUUUUCAUGGCAUUCGACUCAGAGGGACAGUGGUUCUAACAAAACUCAAAACUAAUUCCAGCAAUGCCGAAGAAAGAAUCCUUGACACUAAUAUCUUACCACACCUGGACUCUGUAUCUAGAUUUACAUACAUACUUUUUCUCAAUUUACAAGAUCUCUACAACUUUACAUUUGAUUUUGAAGUAACAGAAUCAUGGGGCUAUCUGAAUCCACAAGGGGGAGGCCAUGAUGGUAUGGUUGGUCAGCUGGAGAGAGGCGAGAUAGAGCUUGGUCUCACGCCAGCUACAAUGUUCAAGCACAGAAUGGAUACUGUGGACUUCACAGCUCCAGUUUGGAAAUUUCGAACUUGUUUCAUUUUUCGACAUCCUGACUCAUUUGGGGUGUAUAAAGCACUGGUAACACCCUUGUCUCCCACAGUGUGGAUCAGCACAGGAGUACUGUGUCUGUUAGUUGUGGGGACUCUGCGAUUGAUACAUCAGUAUGAGGUUACUGGGUGGCCAGACACUGAGUUAUCCUGGAGUGCUAGUGCAAUUCUAGUGGUAGGAGCAUUGAGCCAGCAAGGUCUAGCAAGCACAUCUCGACGAGUGUCAGUGCGUAUUCUGUGUUUGUUCUUGUUGUUGUUGAGUGUCGUUCUGUACGCUUUCUAUGGAGCUGCAAUAGUGACAUCACUUCUCACUCCUCCUGCCAGAACUAUCCAUACUAUACAACAGUUGCUCGACAGUCCCAUAGGUAUGGGUGUAGAGAACACUGCUUACACAAGGGAUUAUUUCUCAAAAUCAACCGAUGCCUUGACAGCUGAUUUGUACAGAAGAAAACUACAAAAUUCAUAUGGAUUUAUGGAUGUACCGAGUGGAAUUGAGAUGAUGCGUACAAAGAAGUACGCUUUCUAUGCAGAAGAUGCAACACUAUAUCUUCCUAUAGACAAAACAUUCAAUAAUAUUGAGAAAUGUUCCUUAACAGAGAUUGAACUGUUUCCUCCAUACUUGGUGUCUACACCUGUACAGAAAACAUCACCAUUUAGAGACUUUAUAUCUUGUGGGUUUAAUCUAAUGAGGGAGAGAGGUAUUCUCUACCGGGAAAACAAAGUAUGGCAUCCUCAGCGACCUCAGUGCAUCGGGGACAGACGAGUGGCUCGGGUUGACUUGGAGUCCGUCAUGUUAGCAUUUGUAAUACUUGCGGCAGGAAUAGUCAGUUCUGUGGUUAUUCUCAUUGUGGAGAGAACCGUAGCAAAAAUAAGUCAGUUGUACUCGUAGAUGUUAAACUCUUAAAGUAAUAUUAUAUAGUUAUAUUUUAUGUGAGUUAGCACAAAUUAUUUGGUAGGAAUAUUUACAUGUUAUGUAAUUGUUUCUUCACAUUUAGCCUGCCUGAUAUGAUCAGUAAUUAACCAGGUUGUUGGAUUGAAAACUGAGGGGUCAUCUGUUGGAUGCUGUCAAAAGAUAGACGAGAUAAAAGUUUUGAAGACUAAAUAUAUUACAGUUUAUGUACUGGUAAUCAAAUAUUUUCUGAUAAAGGUAAGGAAACUUUGUUACCCUGAACUAAACCUGUUGUU